CCGGCAGGCCCCGCACCGCACACCGCACGCCGCACACCCGGACGAGCGCGCAGCCGGGCCGGACUCCCCAGGGCGCGCGGCCCGGGCCGCUCCCUCCGACCAUGGGGGCGUCGGCGCGGCUGCUGCGCGCGGUCAUCAUGGGGGCGCCGGGCUCGGGCAAGGGCACCGUGUCGUCGCGCAUCACCAAGCACUUCGCGCUGAAGCACCUCUCCAGCGGGGACCUGCUCCGAGACAACAUGCUUCGGGGCACAGAAAUCGGCGUGUUAGCCAAGACUUUCAUCGACCAAGGGAAGCUCAUCCCAGAUGAUGUCAUGACUCGGCUGGCUCUACACGAGCUGAAAAACCUCACUCAGUGCAGCUGGCUGUUGGACGGUUUUCCAAGGACACUUCCACAGGCAGAAGCCCUGGACAGAGCUUAUCAGAUAGACACGGUGAUUAAUCUGAACGUGCCCUUUGAGGUCAUUAAGCAGCGUCUCACUGCUCGCUGGAUUCAUCCCGCCAGCGGCCGAGUCUACAACAUUGAGUUCAACCCUCCCAAAACCGUGGGCAUUGAUGACCUGACUGGAGAGCCUCUCAUUCAGCGUGAGGACGAUAAGCCAGAGACAGUUGUCAGGAGACUGAAGGCGUACGAAGUCCAAACAGAGCCGGUCCUGGAAUAUUACCAGAAAAAGGGGGUGUUGGAAACAUUCUCCGGAACAGAAACCAACAAGAUCUGGCCCUAUGUCUACGCUUUCCUACAAACAAGGGUUCCACAAGUAAACCAGAAAGCAUCAGUUACUCCAUGAGGAAAAGUGCAUAAAACCAGUAAGAUGAACAGGGGCUCCUCGUCCGGAGCCUGCCAUGUAUGAGUUUUUUUGAAAAUUGUAUUAGUUUCAGUUGUACUGAUUUUAUUCUGGAAAUUAAGGAUAUGUCCAAUGACGAAGAUUCAUGUUUCCGUCCAGUGUGUUUUAUCCACUUAUCUUCUAUGGGCAUGCAGUUAAAAAAUAUCAGAUAUGUCUUCACUUCUGAAAAUUUUUCUAAAGGAUAAUUAAAAGAGCAAUCGGAAAUAACGUAAGUUUUGUUCAGAAGAGCAAGUGAUACAAAUUUUAUUUUUCUGGAAAAGCUAAUAAAAAAAAUUCCACGCCACUCUGAAAAGUAUCUCAUCAGAGAAAUUUGCAUAGACUGUUGCCCAAAAAACGGCAUCACUAGCAUUAUGGUACAUGGUUUUGUGAGACACUAGGUCUAUCAAAUUCCAGAAAACAACUGGAAACGCGCAUUAGUUUCAGGAUGCAAAUUCACUGCUGCCUUUAUACUAAGAAACUUACAAGCAUAGCCAUUUUUGCUGUAUUUAUUUUGUCGUUAAACAUACCUUCAGUUUACUCAGAAUUUUCAGUCUGCUAUACAAUUGUAUUAAACUAGCAUAUAGGAAAAUACUACCUUCCUAUGACAUGUUGUCUUUUGAGAAUACGUGUCCUGAGGAAAAUGUUAGAAAGUGACCCUAGAAGUUCUUGCAGAAGCACCGAAGUUGAAUUGUCCACAGAAAAUGUCAUUACAGUCUUAUGUUUUUGGGUGUUACUCAGGUUAAGAAAUACGUGCUACUUGCCAGAAAUACGACCUACUUGCCAGUUUCUGAUCAGUGUGUAACUUCUGCGUUGAAGAGUAACCAGUUAAAGUACAAAAAGAAAAGAAAAGCCAUGGCCCGAAGUGAAGGAAGCAUACUUGGCCAUCAGGAAGUAGGAACAGGUGUGCCUGGGGAGCAUUCCCUUGACAGAGGGAACAACCCUAAUUAGUAAUCAGGUGUAGCAAUGAAGAAGGAUUUACCUGAAAGGCUGAAAAGGACCGGGAAGGUAACUGAGUUUGCUGAAGUUCUUUGUUCAUCAGAGAAGCGGACACCUCGCUUUCCCUGCUGCCCCGUCGUCUGGCAGGAGAACUGUGUUUGCAUGCUGGGCAGCCAUCUAGGAGUGACAACAGUUUGGUUUCUUAGCGGGGCAGCAAGGAUGCACGCUUCCGUCCCGUGGCCUGCUGGGAAGAGCAGGGCGAUGAGGCGGAGGGGAAACCCAACCACAUGUUCAAGGGCAUAUUUACUCUUAUUUACCUGGUGCUGAGUCAAACGAAACGAGUCCUCGUACAAGCGGUUAACUGCCUGUGAACAUUUGGCCCAUUUUAUUCCAGGCGCUUAAAAUACACAUGCCAACAAGUUGUUCUUUAUUCUGUAGGGAGAAACUCUUCUCUUCCGAUUUUUAAAAAUUCAAUGUUAAUCUUUCAGAAUGGACCAAGGCUUUUAAAAAUAGUAAGCAUUUCUUUACAAAAGUUUCUACGAUGCUUUAUUUGAAUGUUAAUAUUAUGUGCUUUCUAAAACGGUUGUGAACUACAAAGCUUAGGAAUUAUCACUGGGUUAGCAGGUACAUGAGUAUUAAUGUUCUACAAUAAAAGUGAAUUUUAGAACUGUGGGUAUUACUUUGUGUCCAGCAUUCCACAGGGCUGACUCCAUCCCACCCUUCUGUUCUGCUGCCCUGAUGUCUCCCGCACUUCCGAAUUAGUGACUACUUUCUAAUAAUUGUCUUAAAAUUAAAACUGUGUCUUAAACCAGUACAGAGGCUGGUUUCAUUUUAAGCUAGAUCUCCUGCUGUAGUAUUGCAGGCAUAGUGGACACACUUGGAUUUGGAACUCAAAAAGGGGCAGAAGUACAUGGCUAUCGAAAGUAAGACCUCUUCCUGUAACCACUCCCUCCCCACCUCAGAACACAUAACCGGAAGUUUUGCACGUACGUCCAUUACUUUGGGAAAUGCUCGCGCUAUUACUUUUUUGCUUUAUUAAAGCAAAUAAACUUGUUUUAUGCCGAGUUGAUGUCAUAGACAGUUCUGAUGAAGACUGUCAUUGUUGAAAAGCUCAGUGACCGUUGUCGUGAUUUAAGUGCCACAUGGAAGUAUGUCCAGAGCUGAAUGCCAUGGCGAGGAGAAGCUGCCGUGCCUUAGUUAAAAGGCUGGUGAGGACAGUACCUCAGCCCAUGACCCUGUGUUCUGGGGUACCCGUCGUUCUGGUUCACCUUUCGUAAGCAGAGUGUGCUGUGGGAAAUGCAAAUUGGCAACACCAUCUGCAAAUAUUCUCCAUUUCUCUUUUGAAAUGGGUUAAAUACUGGCUCAAACUUUUAAACCCCAGUCCAUAGCUAUUUUCCAGCCAGGUAUUUACAAUGGCAUUCCAGCAAAAUAUCUGAGACAUUCAAUAGUCUGUGACAAAACUUACGUUAACAGCAAAUCAUGGUGAUUACAGACCUGAAAUUGCUGUUAGUACCCGCAACCAACAUCAAGAAUAAAUUUGUAUUUAAAACAUGUUUGUAAGUUGUGUCUUCUCGUUGACAAAAUAAAUAGCUUUCUUAACUUUGCAA